GGUGGCAGACGUAGUGGGUAUUUGGCAGCGACAUCUGACAUUCUCAUUCUCAUUCAACUACUAACUGCAUUCCUACACAGGGGUGAGUAACAAUCUCAGACAGCUUGAUAGUUAGACAUGACUGCAACAGCUGCAACAUCAUUUAUUUCAUAACAACAUGGAUACCUGUCGUCGUCAAUGCCAUGCUGGGCGUUAUCAUGAUGACUCGGAUACACGCCAUGUAUGGGCGAUCCAGCAAGAUGCUCAUCUUUCUUGCUGCACUCUUGCUAGUUUCCACGAUUUCCACUGGAGUUGUGGCGAUAAUUGGAAACCUGGGUUAUUCAGGGGGGGAGGGCGUGCUUUCUGGUCACCAUAUCUGUCUUCACAGUUUUGACACAAACGAGUUGGAUCUGAAUUUGUGCACGAUGGUACCCACUGCAAUAUGGGAGAUCCUUGCCUUUUUUUUUGCAGUCCGGAUUGUUAUAAAACACCUCCGUGAACUGCGACAAUCGCAGAGUGGAUCGACCAUUGGAGACUGUUUCACGGUGCUAAUGCAAAGUCACGUGUUGUACUUUCUAGCCUUUGUUGUCACGGCUUGCUUUUUUCUUGGACAACUGUCUCCGAAUAUCCCGUUCACAUCUACUUUGGGAGGUGAUGUGUAUACUGGCAUUCUCUACAUUUCCCAGGUGUUCCAGAUGUGUGUGCUGGGACCACGUCUGAUCCUCAGCGUUCGUGAAUAUAGCGCCAAGCUCGUGGCCAGGUCCGACGGGGGGACACACAUGACGUCGAUUGCUUUCCAGGCUGGUGCAGAUGCGUUGACUGGCGGAGAUGUGUAGCACUGGAAACCGGCCAAGUGAUUAACCCUGGAUAGUGGGCAGGGGACAUGUGUAUAUUUGAUUUGAGUUUCGUUGUGGUAUUUAAGGAUAGGCGAUUUGGAGGAUAUGUGUAGGAACUCGUCCCCAUAUUUAUUUCGUGUUCCGGAGGAUAAAAUUAUGUCUGGGCAAUGUCAUAUUACAUUACUACUGGAACUACCUGUCAACUCAAG